AAACGCAAAUGAAAAAGACGUAAGUACGGAAACGUUUAAAACUAAAGGCAGCACUAGAGUUCUACCGACCGAAAACACCACUGAUGUUUACUCGAAGUCGAUGAUUUCAUGUGCACAUAUAUGCUUAUCAGAUCAUCACUGCUGUAUGGCGAGCUUUUCCAAAGGAACAUCAACAUGUCGUAUUGAUUCGUCUGGGAGAUGUUGUGUUGAAACCAAAACCCUAGAAGGAUGGCGGUCUAUUCAACGAAACUCUUAUCUUCCAAUCACAUAUACAGGAUGCAUUAACUUUGGUAAUUCCUCGUAUUCUAUUUUUGAGGAGCAUAUAGGAUGGGACAAAGCAAAGGAAAAUUUUGAACGCUUGGGAGGUAAGCUUGCGGAAUUGGAAACGUUGGAGGAGAAUGAGUUCAUUAAAGAAGAAGUGAGGACUAGAAAUACCGGAGUCGAGGGAUACUGGAUAGGAGGUUUUAAUUUUCAUAAGGAUUUUGACAUGGAAUGGGUAAGUCAACCCAACCAAACGAUGUCAUUUUGUGACAUGGAAUCUGGACAACCAAAUAGACCACAGGAUCAGUUAUGCAUGGUGAUUUGGAAAGAGUUUAAUUUUCGAUGGGACUUGGAAUAA